AUGUCCAUUAAAUCGCAAAAGUCACUCAACGAGGAGUGUUCGGAAAUAUUCGAGAGGAGCUAUUCAGUGAGGAGUGCUUCCGAAGAAAGUUUAUCAGGUGAUGAAGAUGAGGAGUCACUCUCUCGAGAUCUGUUGAAGAAGCUAACUCCAGCCGCGCUGAGCAAGCUGCGGCGCUGCUUCAAGAAAGCCAAAGAAAGGAAUGCAGCAGCUAUGGAAAUCGACAGGAAGGUGGAGGCGGUAAUGCGCGCGGCGGCGGCGGAGGAGGGCAUCGAGUUCGCGGCCGCGGUGCCCGCGCAGGCGCCCGCGCUGUGUCUGGACGAGAGGGGCUUCGUGGCCGCGCUGGAUAGCAUCUUCGGUCCCCGCAAGUACAGCGCGCACGCGCAGCAGCUGUUCCGCGCGCUGGACCCGCUGGGCAGCGGGCGCGUGUGCUGGCGCCGGCUGGUGGCGCGCCUGGCGGCCGCGGGCGCGCGCACCACGCGCUCCCGCAGUGAGCGCUGGGCGCCGAGAGCCGUGCGCGCGGUCCGGAGGCUGCAGCAUUGCCGCCGCGAAGCCAUCGUGAAGCUGGUGAGCAUGGAGCGAGAGGACUCCUUCUGCUACGUGUGCGUGUCGCGCGGUGGCCGCGCCGGCGUCUACAGCGGCGACCUGAGACUUCUGCACUCGUACGAGGACGUGCAGUGUUUGCUGUUCGCUGCAUCGGAUCGAAGCCUCAUCAUUUACGACGCGACCACUCUCACGCACUCGGCCGUGUUCUGCAUCAGCGGGCUCCCCAACAUCCCCACAUGUUUGGCGUACUGUGCGGCGCUGCAAGGGGGCGAGUCGGAGCUGGUGUUCGGGACGGAGCGCGGUGACGUCACGAGGGUGCGCUUCCUGCAGCCGAGGCUGUCGCUGCUGCCCAGCAAGACGCCGGAUAACAUUAAUUAUUACUUUUGGAUGGAGCUGUCGUCCCCGCCCCAGUCCCUGUACUGCAGCACCAACACGUGGCGCGGGGUGCACUCGCGCGCAGUGCGCCGCGUGAGCUACGCCAGGGACGGCGACAUCGUAUGGUCCUGCUCACACGACAGCGCUGUCAGCGUUCGCUGUCGGCAUGUGCCGGGGAAACUGGAGGAUUACGUGUUCAAAGUGCAGAGAGGCGUCACGUGCUUCCACGUGGUGGGCGGCCUGCACGCGCUGGCCACGGGCAGCGCGGACGGCGUGGUGCGCCUGUGGGAGGCGCAGGGCUCGCAGUUCGCGCGCCUGGCGGCGCCGGGCGCGCCCGCCGUGCUGGACGUGGCGCUCGUGGCCUGCAUGGAGAUCGUCGUGGCUUACUGCAGCAACUGUUUUGUCCAUAUCUGGGAUCUAUACGAGGAAUGUCUUCUGCAGACUAUAAAAAUCAAGUUUCCGUUUCUCGGAGUACUCGGCAAAAAGGCUGAAUUUGGGACCAUCAGUAUUCACCCUGGACCACCUCGUAAGAACGAAUCAGAUGAAGAUGCCCAAAGUGUCCAAAUGGGAUCGCGCCGUGGCUCGAGCGUGUACCAGGGCUCCACGGGGGGCCUGAUGCUACAAGCCGCGCCGGGGCCCGCGUCGUGGGACCAGCGGGGGCUGCAUCUAGAUCCCGAAAAUCUUCGUUUUAACCGGGCGGAGCUUCUGAUUACUUGUUGCGACUAUGUGUGUACAGUAUCACUGCAGGAGACUGAAUGUCGUAUAUUGCCCCCACCGGAAGACACUCUGCGAGCAAGACGACCGUCUUUUUGGGAACUACCAGCUGAUUUAAUAGCGCCUCUUUCUCCAGUAGUCGUCAAGAUUCCUAAGCCAUCUCUACCUUCUCCUAGACUGCUGGCGCCAGUUGCUGCGGAGGAGACACUGCAAAAUCUAGAUGAGCUCUUGGAAAAAGCUGGUCUCCAUGGAAUACUAGAAAAGGACUUUGUGUUAAUGCGAGGGCUGAAACACGACUUGAACAAGAAGCUCCAUGAAAUGGAAAGAAAUAAAGAAGCGAUGAGAUUGGCAGUAAAUGCUGGUGCGCCGUACUUAGCCCUGAAGAGUUACGAACCAGACCCUCUGCCUUCAUUCGACCAUUUGGCGGAACAAUGUUCCCGCGUUAUGAGACUGUAUCGUGAUUCCAAUACUGCCGGUACACCUUCGGGAAGCGAUUUCUCCUCACCACGAAAUUCUAAGUCAUUUAAACUAUGA